GGAGCUAACCGCUGCCUGGCUCUGGCUCUGGGUCUGCGUCUGCGUCUGCGUCUGCGUCUGCGCGCGAGCACGCGCGCGGCGAAGGAAACCGGGGUGCGCGAGUAGUUGACGGGGCCUGGCGUAUAAAGCGUCUCGCGAGCGCUACCACCAGCCAUAGCUGGUAAGCGUAGUGGAGGAAGAGAGGGAAGAAAACGAAGCGAAGCCAAAGCAAGGUCUGAGCCGCCGGAGAGGGAGGUGGCCGGGUGGGAAACCUCUCUCGCGCGUCAGGCGUCACGUGAGAACUCCCGAUCCACCGGGACGACGGAUUCCCGCCGCUCCCCCGCGCGCGGCUUCUUCCGGUGCGGUCGGCGGCCGACGGCGGAAGCUACUGGCCCAAGCAAAGUGAGUGAAUUGCGAGUCCAGGCGGCGAUGGCGGGGCGCUGCGAUUGACGUGCGACGACUAUGGGCAUCCAAGGGAACAAGGCGGCGACGCACGAGCACGACUUCCUCUCGUUGUACGCCGCCGCCGCCGCGGCCGCCGCCGCCAAGGACGCUCCUCUCCUGCUCCACGACUCCAAGACGCCGCCUCCUUCUCAAGGUAAUUUUCUCUUGAAGACGCACGACUUCCUGCAGCCGUUCGAUCAGAAGCCAGGAGCGCCGCCGGAGCCGUCGCCGCUGCCCGCUCCAGCCGCGGAGAUCAGGCACCGGCAGCAGGUGGCGGUCGCCAAGCAGCGCGCGCUGCCCCUUCCCCUGCCCGGCGGCGUCGGCACCUUCAGCAUCAGCCCCGCGCCCGUGUCGGUCGCGCUGCCGUCGGCCGUCGUCAAGUCGGAGCCGCCGCCGUUCGUGCUCUGGGGCCAACCUGCAGCGACGCUGCAGCCGGGCGCGCGAGGGCACCAGCAGCAGUGGGCGCUCCCCUUCGCCGGCUCCUUGCAGGUCAGUCCGCCGCCGCAGCAGGCGCAACCGGAUAGGAAGGGCCGCGGCGGAGGCGGGGUCAUGGAUUCAGGCUCCAGAUCCAGCGGCGGAGCCGGGUUCGACGACGAAGACGGCCUCACCACGCGCCGCGAGGUCUCCUCCUCGCUCCAAGCAGAUUUGGCAGUAAGGGUGGAUUGGAAGGGUGGGAGCUGCAGCGAUGGCGGUACAAAUCAGGGGCCAAACACACCACGGUCAAAACACUCGGCCACAGAGCAGCGCAGACGCAGCAAGAUCAAUGAUAGGUUUCAGAUACUUAGGGAGCUGUUGCCACACAAUGAUCAAAAGAGAGACAAAGCAACAUUUCUCUUGGAGGUUAUUGAAUAUAUACGUUUUUUGCAAGAGAAAGCGCAAAAAUACGAGGCAACAUUCCCAGAAUGGAACCAAGAAAAUCCAACGAUGCUUCCGUGGUCAAAUAUGUAUUUUCGAUCAUUCUGGAAAAAUGCACAGAGUAAAGGCCAAAUCCCAGGAGAUUCCCCGCCUGACCCUUCACAUUUCGUGAGAAAUGGAUCCUCCCCUGGAUCUAAUUUCACUGGGAAACUCGAUGAUAAUCACACAUCUGCAGCUGCAUCAGGGGCACUGGACCAGGCAGAAACUAAUCACGUGGCUAGCGGCUGCUACAGAUCAUCAGAAACUCCGGCGAAUAUUACAAAUAAUGCUAUAUCUCAGUCCCAACCUCAAUGGACAGGUCCGUCCCCUGUGGAUGACUCUGCAGUGAAAAGUGAAAUGCUUAACAGCCAGGAGUUGGCAAUAGAUGAAGGAAUGAUCAGUGUGUCCAGUACCUAUUCCCAAGAGUUACUUAUCUCGUUGUCUCACGCCCUUCAGAGCUCAGGUGUGGAUCUGUCCCAAACCAGCAUCUCUGUGCAGAUCAACCUGGGAAAGCGUGCUGGCAAGAGAUCUGCAUCUGCUGGUGGUGUAUCCUCCAACUCCAAGGAACCACCAGCCGAUCCAGCAUCUAGUAACGAACUAGGCGGCCAUCACGUGACAACGUUGGGAGCUAGCGCUGACGGUCUCCUCCCCCACGCGACGAAACGGCAUAAACGGGACAACAGCUGAUGAUGGGCCUCUCUCACUCCGCCUCGUUCCCAGACGACAGACGGAUUGAUCAUUCUUUUUUUUUUCUCCCAGCCCGACGGGAGGCUCUCUCUUGGAUUGGUUGCACAUCGCGUGCUCGGUGAUGGGCUGAGACCCCGGCUGUAUUCUUUUUGAUUUGAUCGCUCCCGCCGCCAUCCCCUGUCUAGCCCAUUGUUUUUACGUAGAGGAACGAACCGUGGAGCUUCCCAUUGCGGAUUGUGAAGCCGCUCUUCUUGUACACAGGCUUCCAUUCAUCUGAGAAGCUUCUUCCCCUCCUUGAACAGGUCUCUCCGCGUUUUAGACCUGUAUACUAGCAACCUGUAAGAUAUGAUUAUGAUGUCCAGCAGCUCUCCCAGGCACGGCACCGGCCAGUCAAGUUGUUCCGUUAUUUC